UUGUGUUGACCGUGAUGACUGCAGCAAAAUUUUUUUUCAUAAAUAGACGUCUUUCAAUUAACAUUACGUUUUCGAAAGCGAACGUGAACUGCAUUUGAAUAAGUCACAAAGUUACUAAACAUUUAUGCGAACGAAUUCAGUUGCAAUCCUAACGCGAAAAUAAAAUGGACGUCGAAAUGGAAACGGUGGAAUGUAACGGGCCCUUCAGGCCCCAAAAAGAGAACGUUUACAACAAAUUGCUGCCCUACGCCGACGAACUCGAAGUGGAAUCCGCCCAAUUAUUCGAGGACAUCAAAACCAAUUUAGUUAAAUCGAUUUUAGCCAAAGAAAUGAGACCAGGCUGUGCCUUAUGGACAUCCAGAUUAAUGAAGUAUAUUAAAAUAUACGGGAUGAAAUUCUCCAAAGAGGACCACAUUGCCUUGGUAAAGCUAUUUUACGAACUGGUAGUCAUUCCUGAUUUAGAGCCUACUAGGAUUAACAAAUGCGCCACAACAUUGGGUCAGUUAUUAAAGAAGAAAUAUUUGCUCACGAGGGACGACUUGCAAUUAGAUUGGAGACCGUUGUACGAUUUGUGCGUAAAGGUAACGGAGAAGAGCAAAACGAGCAUAGGAAUGUACAGAUACGCGGCCAAUUUCGAAAUGACUCUAUUCCAUUUGAUUAGAAUAUGUAAAGUUUACUUCCCGGCGACUGCUACGCAAGACAUUUUAGACGAAUUCCGACCGAAAUUGUGCAUAUACAACAACACCGAAAUGGCCAGUACCAUAAGAUACUUAGAAUUGUUUCUACCGAAUUGCACCAAAGUCGAAGAGGCCGAUCGGGGGUACAAAUUGUGGUUCGAGGAACUGAUGAAUUUGUGGGACACCUGCCAGGACGAUAGUACAUGGGAAAACAACAUGAUGUGGAUCAUGACGGGCCUGGCGAGGCACCAAACGGGCCGGAUCGAUUGGCAACCUUACAUACCGCAGAUGUUCGUGCGGUUCCAAAGGACCUUCCAGCUGCCGGUGGCCUUUAAACAGAGGCACAUGGGACGCAGCCACAAAAUCGAAAUAUCCGCCAUGGCGAUGUGGAUAGUGUACGUGCUGAACGGGGACGAUAACGUGGCGUUUUUCCAUUUCGAAAAGUUCAUGCAGAGCUUGGAAUCGUACUUUUAUCCGGCUAAUAGCGGAAGAUGGUCCGGUAAACUGAGGGAGCUCCUUCGCAGCCUGUCGUUCUACUUCAUACAAAGAGUGCAUUUCGAGCGUUACAAAACGCCAUCUUGGGAAUUCCAAGUGCCCGAUCGUUUCAAACUGACCGACGACGAUCUCGACAGAUUCGUCAACAUACUGAAACCAUGCAUCGAGCAAGCCCUGUACAACAGUUCUUAUAGAACCGGUCUACAAGACACCAGCUUGACGUUGCAAUAUCUAUCUUGCUUGAGGCCCAACAUUAUCGUACCGAUGACCUUAGAGAAGCUCUAUUCGUCCGUAAACAGCCUCACGGAACCCAAUAAGCUAACUUCAUCCAUGAUGGCCGUUAUCGCUUGCGGAAGGUAUAUGGUCCAAGGGGCCCGCAACAACUACCCGGAAGGUCCCACGCACGUCAUACCGCUUUUGAUGGAACUUCUACCGGGUAUAGAUCCGAACGAUAUUCGAAAAUCGUACGUCACCUUCAAUUUCAUCGUGCAUUUCGUCAAUAUGAUACCGCUGAUCGAUUCGUCGGGCGCCAGUAAUUAUUACGAGCUCUCCGAAGAGGAGCACGCAGUGUGUGAGGCUACAGCCAAUUUCGAGGAUUUCGUUUUACAGUUUUUGGACAAGCUUUGCGUGUGGAUGGAAUCGAACAGUUUGGAUUUCAUCAGGUUAGAGCAAAUGACGAACAACGAGAAUAUGAAGAAUAGAUUGGAGACGAUAUCGGAGAGCGCUUUGGGUUCGGUCAUAGGAGUGGUUUUGAAUCAAUGUUCACCCGAUAUAUUCAAAAGUGCCUUAAAGAAAAUGUACAAUUUCGUGACGAACAAGGUCAUGGAGGUGCACGUUUCGGGCAAAUUGUUAGCCAUCAGUUGCCACUGUUUCGCCAAAGUCAAUCCCAAGGAGACUUUGAAGUUGUUUUUGCCUUAUCUAUGCGAUAGAAUCGAAGAGUUGCUCAACGAAAAUCCCAAUAUCGUCAACGAGGAGCAUAUAGACGACGAAUUGCUCUAUAAUUUGCUGUUAUUAUCCGAAUUGGUAGACGGACGAUCGGAGUUGUUGGGCUACAUGGGCCGUUUGACCAAGAUAUUAGACAAAACCCUGCACAUGACCUGUCAAAGCGCCAGCCAAUUGUCGGCCAGAAUGUUAGAGCUGAUCAUGUUGUCUCUAACUAACAUCCAACCCACCGAGCUCAAGAGCUGCGCCGCCGAUUACUCCAAACCCGUGCAGGAAUUCCUACCCAUCAGAGAAUGGGGCAAAGCCGAGCAAAUCAAAGAUCUGAAAAUAUCCUGGUAUGUACCGGGUAAAGAGGAAGUAGAAAUGGUGCAAAAACUCCUCGGCAAGUACCUGUUACCGGAACUGGAGAAAUUAGAGAACCAUUCGAAGGGCGAGCGAGCAUUGACCCGGCAGGAGUUGAAGCGUUCUUUAAAAAUCAUCAUAUCCCUGCUGUCCUGCCAACCGUUGUUGCCCAUGUGGGAAGAAGAAACCUACCCUCUAGUGGAAUCCGCCUUGGAACCCUGGACGUUUAAUCUGAAAGUCAGCGGUAGCGGUACCGUCACCAUGCCGGACGGAACCAACGUAAGAAAAACCAUUGUAAACGUCGUACACAAACUCGUACAAAAGAUAUUGGAAAUCGACGAAGGAGACACCCAAAGCAUCCAAGCCGUAAUAGUAAUAUACAACAUAAUCCUGUUCAACAAGACCAGAGGUCAGGACUUCGAGUUCCACUGGAAGAGCUUCCACAUGACGAAGAAGCUGCUGGAGGACCGGCUGCACCAGAAGAAGCUCCACCUGCGGCACGUGCUCAUCGACAGGGUGAUGCUGCAGCAGGAGUUCCGCAUCGAGAGCAGGAAUUGCUCGUUCACCGCCACCCACAAGAUGAUCCUGGCCGAUCUGUUCGAACUGAGCACCUCUCGAUACAGCGAAGUUCGUAUCGUGGCUCAGAAUCGAUUGUUCUGCGUUGUAUCGUACUUUCCUUAUUCUUAUACGGUGCUCACCGAUCGAAUCAAAGAGAUCCUUUGUAUGGAUUCCGAGGAAAACCACGAGAAAUUCAAAGGAUGCCUGUACAUCCUUCUAGGUCCCAAAUCGGCUCCGAUAAUAGCGAGGCACGAUUGGAAGUUCAUUCAACAACUGUGGCCUCUUCUAGUCAGAUCGAAACCGUCGGAGAAGCCUUCGAUAAUCAACCUGAUGAUGGCCUUGGGCGAUUCGAUAGACAAAUUCUUCCCUACCAUCGCCAUUAAAUUGGUAAUACCCGAUAGCGUGAUACAAUGCGCCGUUAACUUCGCCGGGAACGUGCCCAAAGUGGAUUUGAAAUCGUGCCGACAUUUAAUCGAAAACGGUACCGAUUAUUUGAAGAGGAAGAGCGAGGAGAGACGUGCCGCUUAUACAGCCACUUUGGAUUCGCUUAUAGACGCGCUGGAGUCCGGUACUUUACACUGGCGGUACCAUCAGAUGGCGAUCAAUUUCCUCAAGGAUUUGGUGCACUUCGACGUGAAUUACGGCCCGAGGAUCGUGCGAUUCUUCCUCGCAUCGUCCAUCGACGAUUCCCUCACGGUGCGAAAGACUUCGAUGAAGAUCUUGGUGUAUAUACUGGUACAGAAUAAAAUACGGUACAAGAAAGUCGAAGUCAAAGUCGCCGUUAAAUCGAAAGACAUCAAGCCCGGUAUAAGAGAGGACAACAAACAUCUGGUCUACAACGACGAGAAUAUACCGAGGAAUUCGAAGGAUUGGGAGGAAUUGAGGUACGUUCACGAUCAAUACACCGGCUACUACGCCUGGCCCAAGAAAUUGGAAUUGUACGAUUCGCCGUCGAAGCAACGGACGGCCGCCAAACGAUUGGACGAUUUGACCGAAAUCGAACGGGACAUCUAUCGAUUCUUCGACAAUCCCGACAACGUCGAGAAACUCAUCAAAUUCCUGUCGCUGGAGGAGAAAAAGGGCCGGGACCAGUUCAACGUCUAUCGAUUCUAUCUGUUCAAGAACCUGUUCAAGAUAUUCGAGGACAAAUUGCUGCGCCGCUUCGUGCCCCAUUUGGAGCGUCUGGUCGACGACAAGCUCGAAUCGAGCCAGCGAUGCGCCGCCGAAAUAAUCAGCGGCAUCGUCAGAGGUUCGAAGCAUUGGGAGUACGACGAAGCGUCGGCGUUGUGGUCGAUCCUGUUGCCUCUAUUAGACAAAGCGAUCGGCAACAUUUCGACCGAAACGCAAACGGAUUGGGCGCUGUGCGUCACCAUGGGCUUGGAAUCGAGGGAUCCGAACCGGCACCAUUGGCUCGUCGAGUACCUGUUGCGCGAUCCGCUCAAAGAUCCGACCAUCAUCGUGGCGUGCACGCGAUUGCAUUUGCUGUUCGUGGCGAUCAGCCAGCAAUCGUGGCGCAACGCCGAGAUAUCGGCGCGGCUGUUGGACUAUCUGGCGCCGCAUUUGGCGCAUCCGUUCAAGAACAUCAGGGAGAGGAUAUCGGCUUUGUUGGCGAUCAGUUUCAGCAACACCGGUCAUCAGAUUCGCGCCGGCAAAGGGGACGACGCCGAACGAUUGAGCAGAUUCUUCGAGGUGGUGGCGCCGAAGAUGAAGGAUUUGCUCGACAUGUCGUUGGCGAAGAUCGAAAACGAUAAAACGGAUAAGAAUUCGUCGGAUGGCAAUAGCGAUGAAAGGGAAUCUUUGAUUAGAUUGUACAAAACAGUGGCGAAAUUCGUGAUGACCUACAUGGUGCGCAUGAACUACUCGAUCCGCACCGAAUUCCUCGAGCUGAUUCCGCUGGCGGCGCUCUUCCAAAACAACGAGAGCGACGAGGAACUGGCGACGGUCUCCACCAAUCUGCUGGUGGUGUUGUCCGAGACGGGCACUUCGCCGGCGUACAUUCCCGAAGCGAUGGCGGUGAUCAGAAAGGUGGCCCGCUGUCCGUCGUGGUCCGCGCGGGCCAUCAUAGCGGAAUUCCUGCCGAUCUACAUCUUCUACAACAUGGCCGCCAUCAAUUCGAGGCCGGAAUGGGUGCAAGAGAUACAAUCGAUCGUGUUGGAAUUGCUGGAGGAUGGUCAGCACGAAGUGCGAACGCAAGCCGGGAAAGUUCUGAGCGGCCUUUUACACUGCCAGUUCAUUCCGCAGCCCCAGGUGUUGCUGGCGCACUUCAAGCAAAAGGCGAAGGUGGGAAAACACAGGAAGAAGGAGAAUUCGACGGGAAACAGCACGACGGCGAAACAUUCGGCCGUUUUGGGUUUGUGCGCUUUUAUAGAAUCUCAUCCGUACGACGUACCUGACGAUUUACCGGAUAUAUUCCAGCAUCUCAGACCGCAUCUCAGUGAUCCGCAACCUAUACCGGCGACAAUCCGAAAGACUUUGGGCGAUUUCAAGCGAACGCACCACAGCAACUGGGAGACGCACAAGCUCAAAUUCACCGAGGAGGAGCUGAGCCUGCUGAGCGACCUGACGGUGCCUCCCAGUUACUACGUGUAGCUUGUGUUGAAUUAUUUAUUAUUAUUUUUUUUGACGGUAGUGUGAUGAAAAGAAAUGUCGCGAGGCGUUUUUUUUUUGGCGAGAAAGGUAGGGAGAAUUUGUUAUCGUUCGUCCGGUUUUUUUAAGUAAGAUUUAAGGGAAAAACAAAUAGUUGCGCUGCUCUCCAGAUUUUGUUUUUAUUUGUGAACUUGUAACAGCUCAUAAUAAAGGUCGACACAAUUUUUAAUCAAUAAGAUUUUUUUUAUUCGAAAGAAAAGACGCGGUUUUUUAUAUUUGAUUUUUUUUGCGAUUGUUGUUGUUGUUGUUGAUGUGUAACGUAAAUGUCGUUUGUUUUCAUCAUAGUAUCUUUAUGGAUUUUGUUGGUUAAGGUUUUUUUUUCUAUAAAUA